CAUGGCGAUGGGUACGCUACGCGGGCUUGCAGUGGCCGGUGGAGGCGAGAGUAGCGAGAGCGAGGAUGACGGCUGGGAGAUUGGUUAUCUCGACCGGGCGGUUCAGAAAUUAAAAGGGCCAUUACUCCCUGAAGAAAAGAAUGAAACAUUUAAAAAAGCAUUGACCACAGGAGAUAUUUCAUUGGUCCAGGAGCUCCUAGAUUCUGGCAUUAGUGUAGAUUCCAGCUUUCGGUAUGGAUGGACUCCUCUUAUGUAUGCUGCUAGUGUUUCCAAUGUAGAGCUGGUUCGGGUCCUUUUGGACAGAGGUGCUAAUGCAAGCUUUGAUAAAGAUAAGCAGACUAUUUUGAUAACUGCAUGUUGUGCACGUGGCUCAGAGGAACAGAUCUUAAAGUGUGUAGAGCUACUGCUUUCAAGAAAUGCUGAUCCAAAUGUUGCUUGUAGAAGACUUAUGACUCCAAUCAUGUAUGCUGCCCGAGAUGGUCACCCUCAGGUUGUUGCUCUCCUUGUUGCUCAUGGAGCAGAAGUUAAUACCCAGGAUGAGAAUGGUUAUACUGCUUUAACAUGGGCAGCACGUCAGGGUCAUAAAAAUGUAGUUUUGAAGUUGCUUGAACUUGGAGCUAAUAAAAUGCUACAAACCAAAGAUGGAAAGACACCAAGUGAGAUUGCAAAAAGAAAUAAACAUCUAGAGAUCUUCAAUUUUCUUUCUUUAACUUUAAAUCCAUUGGAGGGAAAGCUUCAACAGCUAACUAAAGAAGAGACUAUCUGUAAACUAUUGACAACAGAUUCUGAUAAAGAAAACGAUCACUUAUUUAGUUCAUAUACAGCACUUGGAGAUCUGGAAAUAUUUUUACAUGGUCUUGGACUUGAACAUAUGACAGAUUUAUUAAAGGAAAGAGAUAUAACCUUAAGACACCUUUUGACCAUGAGGAAAGAUGAAUUUACAAAGAAUGGAAUUACCAGUAGAGAUCAGCAAAAAAUUCUGGCUGCUCUUAAAGAACUAGAGGUAGAAGAGAUAAAAUUUGGAGAAUUACCUGAAGUGGCAAAGUUGGAAAUCAGUGGUGAUGAGUUCCUCAACUUUCUUCUGAAAUUAAACAAACAGUGUGGCCAUUUAAUAACAGCUGUACAGAAUAUCAUAACUGAGUUGCCUGUAAAUUCUCACAAGAUAGUACUAGAAUGGGCUUCUCCCCGGAAUUUUACUUCAGUUUGUGAAGAACUGGUUAGUAAUGUUGAAGAUUUGAGUGAAGAGGUCUGCAAACUAAAAGAUUUAAUUCAGAAGUUGCAAAAUGAGCGAGAAAAUGAUCCAACUCACAUUCCAUUAAUGGAAAAAGUAUCAACAUGGAAUAGCAAAAUUUUGAAGAGGACGGCUAUUGCAGUAUGCGGAUUUGGGUUUCUUCUUUUUGUUUGCAAGCUAACCUUCCAGAGAAAAUAA